CCCGCCGCCCCCACCGCCCCCGCCACAGCCGGCCCCGCCACAACCGCCCUCGCCCCAGCUGCCACGGACGACGACGACAAGCCGAGUGAUGCACUGACCGGCUCCAGCGCGUCCGAGGGCGCCGCCGACGCCGGCAACGACCACGCCAUGUUCCACCGUGUGUUCUACCUGGGCGCGGCGUCCAUCAACGCGCCGCGCAGCGAGCCCGAGAUCCAGCGCAACAUGGCCAUCCUGAACGCGGAGGAGGCCGGCCGCCAGGCCAUCCCCGUGUGCGUGGCCGUGCCCACCACGCCGCAGGGCUGCGUCGUGGUGUACGAGGAGGAGACGGAGACGGUGAUGACCAGCUUCCCCGUCUACCGGAUCCUGUUCUGCGCCGUGGGUCAGGCGGGCGGCCCCGAGGAGCAGUGCUUCGGCUUCACCUGCUCACGCGGCGACGCCGAAGAGACGGCCAUCUUCCAGUGUCACGUCUUCAAGUGCGCUGCCGCCCGUGCGUCCGGUCGGGUGUUGGGCUGCUUCGCGCGCGCCUUCAGGAAGCAGUCGGCGGAGGGGGCGGCUGAGGACGGCGUGGACGUGGCGCCGCGCACCUGUCGCUACGACUUCGAGCUGUCCGUUGAGAUGCAGGAGGAGGACGCCAAGGGCGUGUACGCGGCCAUCCCGCGCGACAAGGGCGGCUUCAAGCUGCGCUGCAACACGCAGCGCAAGGUGCUGGUGUCGGUGCGGCAGACGAGCGACCUGCUGCCGCCGCUCACCGUCGAGCGCUGCUUCGGCCUGCUGGUGGCGCCCGGCAAGAACGUCAAACACGGCGACAUGACGCUACUGGAGAUGCCCUCCAUGGGCAGCGUGGUGGGUGAUCGGCACUGCUACAGCGUGGUGGGCCUAUGGGACGCAGGCGACCCGAACCUGACGCUGCUCAACCAGGAGACGCCCAAGGAUCUGCCGCUCGUGAUGUCGAUCGGCGUCGACCUGGUCAUUGAGGGCAUCCACGAGCCGGUCAGGUUCCUCCUGGAGUCCCGGGUUCGGAUCUACCCGCAGUCGGAGCGGUUUUGGUACUUCUCCACCAAAAAGCUUCUUCAGAAGUUCUCGCUGCUCGUUAAGAAGACUGGGGAGCAGCUGGAAUUCGAGAGGCUGGAGAACCUGGGCGAGAUGGAGACAUCCAGGAACAUGCUGCUGAGCCUGAACCUGGCGAGCCUGCCCGGACUUGCGGGGCGGUCUCCAAGCGUCACCAGUCCCGGGUCGCCUGGCCAGGAGGAGAGCGACAACGACGACCCGCUGCCGUCGGGCUCGGGCGAGGUCAGCAAGGACUGCGGCGAGGGCGAGCUGGCGCACUGGGGCGACGUCCCUGGCCAAGUGGCGCCUCAACCUGGCGCAGCGGCGCGCGGCCUCAGCGGGCUGGUGAAGCGCGGCGUGCCGGAGGCGCUGCGCGGCGAGGUGUGGCAGCUGCUGGCCCGCUGUCACGAGGAUCAGGACAUGCUGGACACGUACAAGAUGCUCAUCACCAAGGACUCCAGCUGGGAGACGGUCAUCCAGAAGGACAUCAACCGCACCUUCACCGGCCACGAGUACUUCCGCGAGGCCGGCGGCGUCGGCCAGGACUCGCUCUUCAAGAUGUCCAAGGCGUACGCCGUGUACGACGCCGAGGUCGGCUACUGCCAGGGCCUCAGCUUCCUGGAGGCGGCGCUGCUUCUGCACAUGCCUGAGGAGCAGGCGUUCUGCGUGCUGGUCCGCAUCAUGUUCCAGUACGGCCUGCGUGAGCUCUUCAAGGACGGCUUCGCCAUCCUGCACCUGCGCUUCUACCAGCUGGACAGACUGCUGGAGGAGCACCUGCCCGAGCUGUGGAGCCACUUCGCCGAGCUGGGCGUCGAGUCGCACAUGUUCGCCUCGCAGUGGUUUCUCACGCUCUACACGGCCAAGUUCCCACUGUACUUGGUGUUCAACGUGCUGGACGUCUUCCUCCUGAAGGACAUGGACUGGAUCUUCCAGGUGGCCCUAGCUCUGCUGCAGGUGUCCAAGAAGGACCUGCUCGGCCUGGACUUCGAGGGCACACUCACGUUCUUCCGCGUCUCGCUGCCGAAGCGGUACCGCAACGAGGAGAACGCGCGCCAGCUGGUGAAAGACGGCCGUGGCCACCAAGGUCAAGAAGCUGCGGAAGUACGAGAAGGAGUACCUGGCCAUCAAAGCAAGAUCCAGCUGCGUAGCAACCUGGACGUGACGGAGGAGCAGUGCGAGAAGAUCUCCCGCGAGCUGGUCACCUCGCAGACCCGGCUGGCCGAUACGGAGGAGGAGAAGCGACGCCUGCUGGACGAGUCGUGUCAGGUGAAGGAGCUGCUGAAGCGGGAGGUGCAGAAGAGCGAGUCGGAGCUGCAGCGUAACGCCUCCAUCAUCGACGACUACAAGCAGGUGAGCGAUCCGGGCGUAUCUGCUUCCCAGCUGAGCGCGCGGCUGGAAAAGGAGCAGGCGGCCUCCAACAGCGAGAUCCAGUUCAUGAAGGUCAGUGUGCACGGGUCGCAGCUCCUCCGAGAGGUCUCGUCACCGCCUGUCAGUCGUGCUCGGUGCAAGUACGCGUCCGGACGGCCUGUGCAGCACCCGCUGCGCCGAUCUCUGCGAGGAGGACCCGGUGCGGGCCGGGACGCGCGCAUCCGGGAGCUCGCGCUCGAGCUGGCCCGCACCAAGCUGGCUCAGGUGGAGGUUGAGUGCAAAGAACCCAGACAUGGACCCGUUGAGCCAAACUAG